UGUCAUCUAUCUUUGUGUUUUCAUAGCUAGAGUAAGACAGAAGACUGGUCUUUCUCUAGCUAUGAUAACACAAAGACUUUGUUGGAAAUAUUCGGCAUUAAAAUAAUACAUCAUUUAGCUGUACUCGACGUUUUAAAGUGUGUUUUGUCUUGUGCCUCAACUGAAUUAAUUAAAAUUUAAAAAAAGCAAGUACAAUGGAAAAAGUUAUAUCCGGAAUUAGCCUAACAUCAAACGACGAAAUGGAUUCCUUUCUUCCAGGGGACAACUCAAUUUUAGUAACUGGAGUUAUAGUGAGAUUAGAUCCGCCUUAUAAACGAAGAUCAUUGAAAUUUGAUUCUUCAACAACAAAAACUGACAAAAAUGAUAAAACACCAUUCAGGUGUAUUUUGAGUAAUAUGUCGGGCAGGUUUAUUCGCAUAUUAUUUUGGUCACCAAGGAAACAGGAAUUCGAAGGCUCUGUUUUAAAGCAGAUAAUUAGGAUUUCAAGAACUCACGUCUUAUUAGCAAAUGCAAUGUAUAACAAAGGAAGAGAGGAUCUAAUGGAGAUAGAGCUCUCGGUUCAAAAGCACACAGUCGUCGAAUUAUUGGGGCCAAUGCCAACGGAAGAAGAGGAGAUAAUGUAUGAAGAAACAGAAUUUAAAAAUAUUGGAUCGUCAGUAGGAAAAUUAAUUUCCAUUGAGGGAUACGUGAGGACACCAAUUGAACAAAUAAUAUCCAAUAAUGCAACAUAUGGUAGCGGUGCAAUAACCGAUUUUCAUUAUCGUAUACCAGUCAACGUAACACAAUAUGACAGCAAUUCAACAGUACCAUUAGGUGCGCACGUACGAGUGAAAGGACGAUUAAGGGUUAAUGAAUAUAAUACGAUCAUCUUUCAAGUGCCGAAUAGAGAGCACAUACUUAUUCUUGGCGAUAAAUAUUUAUCACAUAUGGAAAUGAAACUUAGGUUUCAUGUAUUGAAACCCAAAAAUAUCGAGAUGAAUGAUCUUUCAGAAGAAAAUGGAAAUCUCAUGCUUCGAAAAAAAUCUUCUCAUUCUCCUGACAACACCAGAAUUCCGUCAAAGAUUUCUAAAAACAACGACAAUGCAGCAGUAACAGAUGAAGAUAAAGAAGACAUUAACUUUGAUUUAUUUCUUUAAAUAAUUUUUAUAUAAUGAAAAAUGACACAUUUCAGUGUUUUUCUACUAAAAAAAUUUAAGUAUUAUUAGAUAUAUAAAUAUAUAAAAAACGAUUAAAAGAUAUGAAAACUGUUAAAUUUAAAAAAAGAGAUUUUAAGUUUAUUAUUAUUUUAAUAAUUAAAUUAUGAUUUUUAUUAUAUUAUGAAAAAUGACACAUUUCAGUGUUUUUCUACUAAAAACAUUUCAGUAUUAUUAGAUAUAUGUGUCCUGACGCGGUGAAAGGGACCUUAUGAUACAAUAGCAAAUUGUACUUUUGAAUGUUCAUAAUAAAAAAUGAAUUGAACAAAAUAAUUUCUAGUUUUUGGAAAUGAAAGAGCAACUCAAAUAAUUUGAUUUCCAAAAAUUAGAAAUUAUUUUGUUCAAUUCAUUUUUUAUUAUGAACAUUUAUAGUACAAUUUUCAAUUGGACCAUAAGGUUCCUUUCACCGCGUCAGGACACAUAUAUAACAAUAUUAGAAGUAUUAUUAGUUCUACAAAAGAUUAAAAGAUCUGAAAACUGUUAAAUGUAAAAAAGAGAUUUCAAGUUUAUUAUUAUUUCAAUAAUAAUUAAAUUAUGAUUUUUCAUUAAGAAUUAGACACAUUUCAGUGUUAUAUUAAAACACAUUUAAGUGUUAGAUACAUAUAAUUAUAUACAAUAUAUUAAAAC